AUGGAGGGCGUCCCAGCCAUCAGCGUGCCGCUCCGUUUUGCUCAGCAGUACCGGGAGCACUUGGAGGCGCACGGCGUUUUGAACCCGAAGCUCCGCAUGCUGAAGCGCUCCGACGGCACCGUGGCGCUGCCCGUGCAGCCAGACUGCCUCCCCGGGCUGGACCUGACUGCCCUCCGCCUCUCCGUUGGCCACGAAACGACUUGCGCCCUAACAUGCAUACAGGCUCCCGAACCGUCCAAGAAGGAAAGCAUGAAGAGCACCAGCAUGGCCCUGCUGGACUGUGUGCGGCGGCUGCUGGUCUCACAGGGGGAGACGUGGAGCGAGGACCUGACGGGAGAUGUUCCUCGGAGCUGGCAGCGCCAUGGGGAUCUGGCUCUGCUGGGGGGUGGCUGCUUCUCUCAGGAGGUUUGGAGCAGACUGGGAGCAGCCUUGUGGCUCACUGUGGCACGUGUGCUGGGUGUGAAUCGCCUGGCCCAGGCAGGGAGGGUCAGCAGCGACGGACACCGCACCCCAGCGGUGACUAUGUUACUGGGGGAAGACAGCUGGGUGACCCAUGUGGACAACAAGAUCAGGUACCAAUUUGAUGUGACCAAGUGUAUGUUCUCAGCUGGAAACAUCACUGAGAAACUGAGGAUUGCGUCAUUUGACUGCAGGGGGGAGACAGUCGUGGAUUUGUAUGCAGGCAUUGGCUACUUCACCCUCCCCUACUUGGUACAUUCUGGGGCAGCCCACGUUCACGCCUGUGAGUGGAAUCCGCAUGCCGUGGAGGCCCUGCGCAGGAACCUGGAACUGAAUGGAGUCUCAGACCGUUGCACCAUCCACCAGGGUGACAAUAGACAGCUCGACCUGCGUAACGUGGCAGACCGGGUCAACCUUGGCCUGAUCCCCAGCUCCGAGCAGGGCUGGCCUGUAGCCUGUCGCCUCCUGAAGCGAGCCACGGGAGGUAUCUUGCACAUCCACCAGAAUGUGACCUCACCUCUGAGCCAUGGGGAGGCGGAGCCAGCAGUCGGGGAGAAAGCAGCACCGCAGACACGUGGCUGUGCGGAGAGGGAGGCAUGGAGACAGUGGGCUGAAGAUACAGCCCUCCGCAUCGCCGCCCUGCUGGAGGAAGACUGCGGGACACCCUGGAGGACGACUAUCCAGCACUUAAAUGAUGUCAAAUCAUACGCACCUCACAUCCAUCACAUAGUACUGGACUUGGAGUGUAGACCAUGCUGA